AUGAGUGCACCCACCAUUCUCACUGCCACUCUACCGGCCCCAGCGUUCCACGCCGCCUACGCCGAGUCUGACAGCACGAUGGAACUUCACACCGAAAGCGAGACGAGCACAUCUGAUAGCGACCACGCUCUGCGCGAUGGAAAAGAAAACAUGGAAAGUCUGGCCAGCCGUCUCCGAGCCCUCUAUGAUGAGAACGUCACAGCCAAAAUUCUGCGAACAGCUCGUGAGGGCCUGAUCAACAAUAACCCCCCUGCCGUGUAUCCUGAAUAUGUGCCACAGACCGGCGCCGAUGCUGGCAAGUACAUUCUCCGGGAGGCCGACUUUUGGACCUGCGGCUUUUUCCCUGGGAGCGUCUACUCGAUAGCUGAGCGCCUGACGAAGUACCCGCAGGCGCUCCCUGGUUCCCAUGAGAAGGAGCGUCUGCUGGACGAGCUCUGGCAGCUCGGUGCAGCAUGGGCGGAGCCCAUUCACACCAUGCCUUGCCCAGCCCACUCGCUGUAUUCGCGAUACAACAAUACUGUCGGCGCCAUCCGCUCGUGGGACGUUUUGGCCCAGCACGGGGUCAACAUUACGAGUCAGACAGACGACUUCCUCGUCAUCAUUGACUCCAUGUGCAAUCUUGACCUACUAUAUUAUGUUGCAUCACACACUGGUGAUGUCGGACUCUGGCACGCUGCCACAAGGCACGCCAAGACUCUCAUCGCAACGAAUUUGCGACCUGAGAAGGGAGCAGGAGGGAGGGAACUUUUCAGCACUGUCCACGUUGUCAACUUUGACCCCAAGACUGGCAACCUGAAGGAGAGACGAACGGGGCAGGGCUUUCACGCGACGUCCACAUGGGCCAGGGGGCAAGCUUGGGCUGUUCUAGGCUACGCACAGUCCUUCAUGUGGACGAAGGAUCCCGACUUCCUGCACGUCGCCGUAGGCCUAGCUGAGUACUUCAUCCUCAGGCUCGAGACUUCUUCAGCGCUCGUCGAGGUGCAGGUUCCCGGCGGCGGAGUGAAGGGGCGUUACGUUCCGCUCUGGGAUUUUGACGCGCCGAUAGAGAACGAGAAAAACCCUUUGCGGGACUCUUCUGCUGGUGUCAUUGCCGCCAACGGUAUGCUAGUACUGUCACAGGCACUGGCUUCCGUGGGCAGUGUAGCGAAGAGCAAGAUAUUCCUUGACAUGGCCGUUACAAUGGUCGAGGAUACGUUGGCCUUUUCGCUAGCCCCUGAGCUUGCACGGUUGAACUAUAACGAGCAGGCCAUUGCUGUGUCUGACGUUGCGCCGGGCAAGCGGUUCGAUGCCGUCCUCAAGAACGCCACGGCGAAUCACAACGCGAAGGACCAUAAACGUUACUGGGACCACGGCCUGGUUUAUGGGGAUUACUAUCUAAUCGAAUUCGGAAAUAGGCUCUUAAAGAUGGGUUUAGUCUAG